GCAUCUCAGCUGUUCAAAACACAGCACCAGAUAGACCGCCGUCACAAGGAGACUCGUCACUCUCAUCUUGUUCAUCUCGGCUGAAUCCUCUUCAGCGACUCUCCGUUUGCACACAAAUCGAAAAGUUCGACGUCCUAAAAGGCAUUUAUUCAAAAGAUCAAAUCUCUCGUCAUGGAUCUAACGAUCAAACUCUUUGAUGGGAAUACCUAUUCCCUGUCCGUGGAUCCGCGCACCACAGUCGGACAGCUGAAGUCCAUGAUCCAACUGAACGCGGAGGUCCCCAGCGCGAGGCAGCGGCUAAGUACGCAGAACGGCCACCGGAUAGACCUGAAAGACGACAUGAAAACUCUGCAGGACUACGGUCUGCAUUCGGGAUGCAUAAUCGCCGUGCUGAUCGUGCAGACCGUGCAGACCUUUCAAGUAUUUCUGAAAACAACUACCGGCAAAAACCACACCUACGACGUUUCCCCGGGAGAGACCGUCUCUGAGUUCAAGCUCAAGGUCCAAAAUGAGGAGCAGGUCGCCGUCCAGCAACAGAGGUUGGUCUACGGAAGCAAGGAGCUCCAGGAUGGCUGUAAACUGGAGGAGUACGAUAUAAAAGCGGGGAGCAUCAUCCACCUCGUGCUGCGUCUGAGAGGAGGCUGAAUCUGGUUCACUGCGCCAGUUUUCCAUUAUUUUGAUCUCUGCUUCUUAUAAUAUCUAAAAUUAUUUGAGUAAAAUGUUUUUUAAAAUUUGAAUUAAAAUUAUAUUUAUAAGUAUCUAUUAUUAUACUAAAGACAUAAUGGGACCCUGCUCAACUAACUUGCUUUUACUUUUCAACUGUCUUUAAUGAUAGCUGUGAAAUACUGAAAUAAAAUGUUAUAAGCAA